AUGGCAGAAUUAAAGCAUUUCUUUAUGUUUGGUCAAGUCCCAAUAUCCUCAGUUCUAUUUCCCCAGUCCAUGGCUGAACUUCAUGGAUAUUUCACAUACAAGAUACUAGAUCAGCAUCGGAAAGCGCUUUGGGAGAAUCGGAAAGCAGGAGCUCUUUUAGGCAGCACAGAUUCUUUGAGUGGAAUAAUAGGAAAGGAUUUGGAUGAACUUGGUGUCAAAUUACUGGAUGAUCGAUCAUGGGCUUCGGUUCUAAAUGAUAUUGAGCUCCUUCAAUCUGGCGAUACAUGUUUACCAGCUGAUAGGGAUUUGAGCUUGCGUGAUGGGCUCCAGGUCCUGGUAAAGAAUGAGUCCAAGUGGAACAAUCAGAAAAGAAGUUUUCGAGUCUGCAUUGAGCUUUUGAAUGGGGAUCAUGGUCUUCAUUUUAUUCUGUCCUUCGAAUCAUUGGCGCGCAUGGAAGGGGCUUCAGCCAAUUCGGGGACAGAAUCAAUACCAAAUUCAAAAAAGACACAAGCAUCGCUUAUGAGAGACGAUAAUUUCUGUGCUCUCCGGAAUGCAGUGUUUGAUAAUGUUGACACAGCGGCAUUUCUCCAGACCGUAGAUGGGGAAUCAUACUUAGCAAAUCGCAAAGCUCGAGAGAUUCUAGGGGAGUGUGUAGGAGGAGAGAGUGGAUGCGAAGGGACCAUCUUUCGAGAUGCGCUACAAAUAUGGGAUGAAACAUUCACUCGUCAAUUGCCAUUUGAUGAAUAUCCCGGAGUGGUGUUGGCAAAAACCCAACGACCCUUCGCUGAUUAUAGAUGCGGAUUCAUACACCCCAUAAGCGGAGAUCGCAUAACAACUAUAGUUACGGGAGAAUGCCUCUACGACGUGGCUGGGGCCUUUUUAGGGGCAAUUUGCUGGUGCGAAGAAAUUCAGAAAUUUGAAGAUUACCUGAUGGAGAAACAACAAAACCUACUACGAAGCCAUGAAACAAUUUGUGAUCUGAUGCCGCAUCUGGUGUGGACCACAACUCCAGACGGCUAUGGCGACUGGUAUUCUAAGCGGUGGUAUGAAUACACAGGCAUGUCUGAAGAAGAAUGUCUUGACACCGGGUAUAGACGCACGAUUCAUCCGGAUGAUUGGUCUUUCCUUGUGGAAAAAUGGGAAGAAGGUCGAAGAACACGUCAACAAUGCGAGGUUGAGGUAAGGUAUUUAAGGCACGAUGGAGUAUAUAGAUGGAUGCAUACAAGAGCACAGCCACUAGUUGAUGGUAACGGGAAUGUUUUGAAGUGGUAUGGAACAAAUACAGAUAUCACUGACGUAGUGAUGUCGCGAAUUGAGGCUAAGAGGAACAAACAUCAAAUGUUGACAGUUCUCGCUCAUGCUGAAGUCAGCCUGUUUUGUGUGGAUGAGAAUCGGCUGGUUACUAUGGCAGAAGGGGGAAUGUUAUGGGGCACUAAGCCUGAAAAUUUGUCCGAAAGCAAGGCAAAUCUGAUUGGAAAAGAUAUCAUCGAAAUUAUGCAAGGCACCCAAACAGGAGGGUUACCAGGUCGGUUGUUUCUUCUUCUGCAUCAAUCAUUCAUCAAUAUUAAUUUGCUCACAGGUCAUGAGAAUUCUAUCCUCCAGAUCCUGGCUGGAAAAGUAGAGAUGGCAACGUGCGAAGAAAAAAUAGGAGAUCGAAGUUACCGUACACGAUUAGUAGCAGAUCUCGAACAUAGUAGUGAUGAUGGCGGACAAGUACCAAAGGUCAUUGGAUGCUUGGGCUUGAGUAUUGAUAUCACGGACGUUGAAAAACGGGCGCAAUUAGAGAUUGAUAACACGAGGUUGAUGCUUGAGGAACAAGCAGCUAAAGAUUCAUCUAAAAUGAAGAGUCAAUUCUUGGCCAACGGUAUCAUUGGUAUGGUUGACCUACUCAGCGAAGACACAACUUUGACAUCUUCGCAACGCGAAUACGUGUCCAGUAUCCAACUCUCUGGACGAGCCCUCCUGACUAUUGUCAAUGACAUCCUCGACUUUUCCAAAAUCGAAUCCGGCCGUCUCGACAUUGAAGAGGUUCCUUUUAAUCUUUGUUCCAUCGUGGGAGAGUUAUGUAAAUUGUUGAGCAUCUUUGCGAAUAAGAAGAAUUUAGGAUUUACUUAUGAAAAUGAGGUUGACGAAGAUCUAGAGGUUUUAGGGGAUCCGGGACGAAUCAGACAAGUGCUAUCAAAUCUGUUAACUAACUCGUUGAAAUUUACGGAGAACGGAUCUGUCAAGAUGAGCGUGAAAGGCAAGAGAAUACCGCAAUCAGAUAGUAUUGGCAAUGAUAGAGUUGAGAUCAGUUUCGUGAUUACAGAUACUGGGAUUGGAAUUUCCAAAACGACCUUGAAAAAAUUAUUCAAGCCCUUCAGUCAAGGGGAUUCUUCAACGGCGAGGCUAUACGGGGGAACUGGUCUAGGCCUAACUAUAUCAAGAAAUCUCGCAAGUCUGAUGUCGGGUACUAUAGCUCUUAAGUCUGAGGAAGGAGUUGGGAGCAUAGCUACAUUCACAAUUCCAUUAAAGAUAUCCUCCUAUUGCCGCUACCCUCAUCAGUCUACAGAUCCUUAUAAACCCAGUUCUUCUUUCACUAGUAAUAAGUUCAGUACGCAAUCUCGCGCGAGUCGGUUAAAUGGUGUUCCGGCAGGGGGUAGACAAGCAACCCAACAGUUUAUAAAUCAGCAAAUUUCAACAAGUCACACCAAUCAUGUCAUGCCUUCAUAUUUGCGGAAUGGGAAAUGCGAGGUAGAAUACAGACGGAAAUUUUCACUAGAGGAACGAGCCGAGGUCCUUGUUCUAGUCGUUGAAGAUAAUGCCAUAAACCAAACCAUCGCAUUAAGGACCGUCCGAAACUUGGGAUUUCAAGCAACAGCUGUUUGGAACGGACGAGAAGCACUGGAUUACUUGAGCAAUCCUGGACUAUCUAAGCCCAGACCAGAUAUAAUAUUGAUGGAUGUGCAGAUGCCCAUCAUGGAUGGUAUGGAAGCUACAAGAAUACUAAGGACGAAUAAAGAGUAUGAGAAGGACCCAGAACUUGAUAUGCCGACCCCAGAAGCUGCAAAUAACUUCACCAGCACGGGAAGUCCGGAUGGCAGUAAAAUGGAAAUGAAGAGUUCGGUAAACAGGUCAAAACCCAAUACGGUUGUGCACCAGAAACAACGCAAAGUUAGAGAUCUUCCUGUGAUAGCUAUGACAGCUAGUGCCAUAGAAGGAGAUGAAGAAAAGUGUAUCGAGGCGGGAAUGGAUGGAUAUUUGAGCAAACCUGUUGAGAAGGAAAGAUUAGAGGAAACCUUGAUUUACUGGGCGCAAAAGACGAUAAAUGAUCGACAACUUGGAAUUGGAAUAUUGAAUGGAAGGGUUACUUAG